CUCCCGGGCGCUGGCUGGCGUCGCUCUUGGCCGUCUCCUGUGCAGAGCGCGACUUCCCGGCUUUGCCGCUGGCCUGAGGAGGAGGAGGAGACUCGGCGGCAUGUCGCCCGCGCUGCCAGAGCUGACGCCUUCCGCAGGUGUGAAGAAAACCCUGCGGGAUGAGAUCGAAGCCCUUCUGCGGGAGAGGAUUAUGGUGCUGGAUGGAGGGAUGGGCACCAUGAUCCAGCGGCAUAAGCUAAGUGAAGAAGACUUCCGAGGUCACGAAUUUAAAGAUCAUGCCAGGCCACUGAAAGGCAACAAUGACAUUUUAAGUGUAACUCAACCCAAUGUCAUUUACCAAAUCCAUAAGGAUUACUUGCUGGCUGGAGCAGAUAUCAUUGAAACGAACACUUUCAGCAGCACUCACGUCGCCCAAGCUGACUAUGGCCUCGAACAUUUGGCCUACCGGAUGAACAAGUGUUCUGCGGCAGUGGCCAGGAAAGCAGCCGAGGAGGUGUCUCUCCAGACAGGAAUCAAGAGGUUUGUGGCAGGAGCCCUGGGUCCAACUAAUAAGACCCUCUCUGUGUCCCCAUCUGUGGAAAAACCAGAUUACAGGAACAUUACAUUUGACGAGCUUGUUGAAGCAUACAAAGAGCAGGCCCAGGGGCUCCUGGAUGGUGGGGUUGAUAUCUUACUCAUUGAAACUAUUUUUGACACUGCGAACGCCAAGGCAGCCUUGUUCGCACUCCAACAACUUUUUGAAGAGGAGUAUUCCCCCCGACCUAUCUUUAUUUCAGGGACAAUUAUCGAUAAAAGUGGGCGAACUCUUUCUGGACAGACGGCAGAGGCAUUUGUCAUCAGUGUGUCUCAUGCAGACCCACUCUGCAUUGGAUUAAACUGUGCUCUGGGUGCAGCUGAAAUGAGACCUUUUAUUGAAACAAUUGGAAAAUGUACAACAGCCUAUGUCCUCUGUUACCCCAAUGCAGGUCUUCCCAACACUUUCGGUGACUACGAUGAAACUCCGCACAUGAUGGCCAUGCAACUAAAGGGCUUUGCUGUGGAUGGCUUGGUCAAUAUAGUUGGUGGGUGCUGUGGUACGACACCAGAUCAUAUCAGGGAAAUUGCUGAAGCUGUGAAAAACUGUAAGCCUAGAGUUCCACCUGCCACUGUUUUUGAACAGCAUAUGUUACUCUCUGGUCUAGAGCCCUUCAGGAUCGGACCGUACACCAACUUUGUUAACAUUGGAGAGCGCUGUAACGUGGCAGGAUCCAGGAGGUUUGCUAAACUCAUCAUGGCAGGAAACUAUGAAGAAGCUCUGAGCAUUGCCAAAGUGCAGGUGGAAAUGGGAGCCCAGGUGUUGGAUAUCAACAUGGAUGAUGGGAUGCUGGAUGGUACAAGUGCAAUGACCAGAUUUUGCAACUUUAUUGCUUCUGAGCCUGACAUUGCCAAGGCGCCCUUGUGCAUUGACUCCUCCAACUUCGCUGUGAUUGAAGCCGGGCUGAAAUGCUGCCAAGGGAAGUGCAUUGUCAAUAGCAUUAGUCUGAAGGAGGGCGAGGGCGACUUCCUGGAGAAGGCUAGAAAGAUUAAGAAGUUUGGAGCUGCUGUGGUGGUCAUGGCGUUUGAUGAAGAAGGGCAGGCGACAGAAACGGAUGCCAAAAUCAGAGUGUGCAUCCGGGCCUACCAUCUACUUGUGAAAAAACUGGGCUUUAAUCCAAAUGACAUCAUCUUUGACCCUAAUAUCCUCACGAUUGGUACUGGGAUGGAAGAACAUAACCUGUAUGCUGUUAAUUUUAUCCAUGCCACAAAAAUCAUUAAAGAAACAUUACCUGGAGCCAGAGUAAGUGGAGGUCUCUCCAACUUGUCCUUCUCCUUCCGCGGAAUGGAAGCCAUUCGAGAAGCAAUGCAUGGGGUUUUCCUUUACCAUGCCAUCAAGUUUGGUAUGGACAUGGGGAUAGUGAAUGCCGGAAGCCUCCCUGUGUAUGAUGAUAUACAUAAGGAACUCCUCCAGCUCUGUGAAGAUCUCAUCUGGAAUAAAGACCCCGAGGCCACUGAGAAGCUCUUACGCUAUGCGCAGACUCAUGGCAAAGGAGGGAAGAAAGUCGUCCAGACUGACGAGUGGAGGAAUGGCCCCAUUGAAGAACGCCUCGAGUAUGCCCUUGUGAAGGGUAUCGAAAAACAUAUUAUUGAGGAUACUGAAGAAGCCAGGUUAAACCAGGAAAAAUAUCCCCGGCCUCUGAAUAUAAUUGAAGGGCCUCUCAUGAACGGCAUGAAAGUUGUCGGUGACCUUUUUGGAGCUGGAAAAAUGUUUCUGCCUCAGGUUAUAAAGUCAGCUCGAGUCAUGAAGAAGGCCGUUGGCCACCUUAUUCCUUUCAUGGAAAAAGAAAGAGAAGACAAUAAAACGCAUGCUGGCAUAGAAGAAGAGGAGGACCCCUACCAGGGCACCAUCGUGUUGGCCACCGUGAAAGGGGACGUGCACGACAUAGGCAAGAACAUAGUUGGCGUUGUCCUUGGCUGCAAUAAUUUCAGAGUUAUUGAUUUAGGGGUCAUGACUCCCUGCGACAAGAUACUGAAGGCUGCCGUUGAGCACAAAGCAGAUAUAAUAGGCCUGUCAGGACUCAUCACUCCUUCCCUGGAUGAAAUGAUUUUUGUUGCCAAGGAAAUGGAGAGGUUGGCUAUAAAGAUUCCGUUGUUGAUUGGAGGGGCGACCACAUCGAGAACCCACACGGCAGUUAAAAUAGCUCCGAGAUACAGUGCGCCUGUCAUCCACGUCCUGGACGCGUCCAAGAGUGUGGUGGUGUGCUCUCAGCUAUUAGAUGAGAAUCUCAAGGAUGAAUAUUUUGAGGAGAUCUUAGAAGAAUAUGAAGAGAUCAGACAGGACCAUUACGAGUCUCUCAGGGAGAGAAGAUACUUAACGUUAAGUCAGGCUAGAAAAAAUGGUUUCCAUAUGGACUGGCUGUCGGAGGCUCCUCCAGUGAAGCCCACGUUUCUUGGGACUCGGGUCUUUGAAGACUACGAUCUGUGGAAGCUGGUGGCCUACAUCGACUGGAAGCCUUUCUUUGAUGUCUGGCAGCUCCGUGGCAAGUACCCGAAUCGGAACUUUCCCAAGAUAUUUAAGGACAAAACUGUAGGUGAAGAGGCCAGAAAAGUCUAUGAUGAUGCCCAAACCAUGCUGACGGCGCUGAUUGGCCAAAAGAAGCUCCGAGCCAGGGGCGUGGUUGGGUUCUGGCCAGCGCAGAGCGUGGGAGACGACAUCCACCUGUACGCGGAGGGUGCGGAGCCCCAGGCUGCAGAGCCCAUCGCCACCUUCCACGGGCUCAGGCAGCAGGCCGAGAAGGACGCCGCCAGCACAGACCCCUACUACUGCCUCUCGGACUUCAUCGCGCCGCUGCACUCGGGCGUCCGGGACUACCUGGGCCUGUUCGCCGUUGCCUGCUUCGGGGUGGAGGAGCUGAGCAGGGCCUAUGAGCGGGAGUGUGAUGACUACAGCAGCAUCAUGGUCAAGGCCCUGGGAGACCGGCUGGCCGAGGCCUUUGCGGAGGAGCUCCACGAGAGGGUCCGCCGGGAGCUGUGGGCCUACCACAGCCACGAGCAGCUGGACGCCGCCGACCUGCGCAGGCUGCGCUACGAGGGCAUCCGCCCGGCUCCUGGCUACCCCAGCCAGCCCGACCACACCGAGAAGCUCACCAUGUGGAAACUGGCCGACGUGGAGCGCUGCACGGGCAUCAGGUUAACAGAAUCUUUAGCGAUGACACCUGCUUCAGCAGUAUCUGGCCUCUACUUCUCCAAUUUGAAGUCCAAAUACUUUGCAGUGGGGAAAAUUUCCAAGGACCAGAUUGAGGAUUAUGCUUUGAGGAAGAGCAUGUCUGUGGCUGACGUUGAGAAAUGGCUGGGACCCAUCUUGGGAUACGAUGCAGAAUUCCACCUAUAAACAAAAUGACGUGUGGAGAACGCUGCUCAGUGUUGCAGGCUCUCAGCUUCCACCUGCAGAAUUUACCAACGCCUCUAGGGGCAAGUGGUCCCAGAUGCCAGACUCCCCCCUGGGCCUCCUUUCUUCCUUAGAACUGUGAUUCCUCGCUGCUUCGGUGGCUCUCUGAUGCCUCCCAACAGAUGUAGUUUUAGUUGCACCAGCCUCGCUCGCUGUUCUUGGGGGAAGAACCACUUCCAGAAGUGGAAAUUUGGGAGGUGACAUUUGGACCAAGACCUGAGUGAGAAAAGGCUGGCAUCGUCAGGACCCGGGAUCUGGGGAAGAGUGCUAAGGCCAGGAGAUAUCAAGAACAGUAACUUGCAGUGAGUGAAAACGUGGCUAUCUGUGUCCAAGGAGUAGACAGGCUAUUGUGGGUGAGGAUCGGUAAAUGAGGAGGAGAACGGUAGGGUGAGAGGCCAGCUAGGUAGCCGGGGCCAGACCAUGUGGGUGCUGGAGGUCAUGGAAAGGAACACAGGCCCUUCCCUUAAAGAAGAUUCAGAGGGAUGUGGACACAUGUGUUCGUGGAAAGGGCUCCUUCUUCUUGGAACUGGCAUCGUAGAGUGGCUCAUGGAUUUGUUCAGUUCCCAAACACUUGCAAUAAAUGAUCCAGUGGUCCUACGUGUAGAUCUGAAAACCAACGAGAAUUCCUAAGUUUUUGGCUUAUUCAUAAACCAGGCAGUUUCCCUCCAUCAGAGCACAUUGCUAGAGAGAGCAAAUGGGAAUAAACUCAGAAAUGCCAUUCGUUGGCAGAUAGUAGCUGCUGGGAUGCUAGGGAAAUGGCCAGUUGAUUGGAUGCUUUUCCAUCCUCCUUUUUUCUUUUCCUUCUUCCUCCUUCUUUCUCUCCAUUACCUGUUGCUUCCAUGCCAUCCAGUGUGCCAUCC